GUCAAAAUCGCCGGCGCGCGGCUUUUGCUGCAGCAAAAUAGCCAAAAAGUGGCUGGUAGAGGCCUGUGCUGUCGGCUGGUAGCUGUGCUGCGAAAACGGGGCACGCCGCGUCGCAGCAGAAGCCGCAAUCACUGCGGAGAGCGCCACAGAGAAUUAGGCCCAGCGCGGCGGCGCGGGCGACACUGUUGACAUGUACCCCGCCUCGCCGAACGCGCCGCGGUCCCCGGCGCCGCCGCGGAGCCCCGGCGCGCCGCGGAGCCCCUACGGCGGGAGCCCGCCCCGGCGCAAGAGGAGACGAGGCCAGCGGCCCGCGCGCGACGCCACGGGACUGUGCAAUUUGGGCAACACGUGCUACAUGAACUCGGUCCUCCAAGCUUUAGUGCAUGUCCCGCCUCUCCGGGACUUUUACGUGGCCCCCGACACGCAACGAGAGCGCGCGGACUCGAUGGGGAGCCUCGGAUCCUUGGGCGACGGCCCGGAGCACCACGCUACUAUAAGUCCGAGGACGCCACCAGGUUUAACAGCGAGACCGCGCGGGUCUUCUGUUGACAAUGUCAUUCCCGGGACGCCACCAAGAAGCCAACCAUUGACGCAAGAGGUCCCGGCGACGCCGCCGUCGCGAAGGCCGCUAGCACGCGUCAACUCGCCGACGGGCGUGGGGGGCAUGGCCGCGCUCAUGACCGCGUCGGAGCAAGUGCAAAACACCGACGUCGUCUCGCUCGUCAACGCUGGUCGAAUUGUGGAAGCAGCCCAAGCCGCGGGCACGGUCUACGGGCCGCCGCCCCCGCCGCCCGCACCCUACAUGGACCGCCUCGCGCGGUACAAUUCGAUGGGUUCAAAAGGGAAAGUUUCCGAAGCUUUUUCCCAACUCGCCACAGAGUUGACCACAGGAACGUCACCAUACGCCGUGAAGCCCUCGCACAUGAAGAAGGUCAUGGCGCGCUGGCGGCCGGACUUCCAGGGCUAUGCUCAACACGACGCUCAUGAGUUUCUCGCGGCUCUCCUAGAUGGGUUGCACGAGGACCAGAAUUUGGUCAGGGAGCGCCGGCGGAUGGUCGAGCGACGGCGGAAGGAGCGCGAGAAGCGGCGGCUCGACGACGAGGCGGCCGCCGCGGCGCAAGCCGCGAUGCGGGCACUCCAACCCAUGUCGCCUACCACAGAACUGUUGAAUGACGUUCAAGCACCAGUAACACCGGCGACGGAGACCGCCUCGCCACGUCCGCAAGACGACGACGAUGAUGAGCAACCGCCCCCUCCCGAUUCAAGGAUAGAAGAGUUACUAGGAGGCAAGUUCGCGUCCGAACUAGUCUGCGACGAGUGCCGGCACCAGUCCGUGACGCACGAGCAGUUCGUUUGUGUGUCUUUACCUUUACGAAGAUCCCAGGGGGAGCCGCCACCGAGAAGAGUUUCGGUGCGCGUCGAGCGCUCGCUCGCCCAUCAAGGUUCGCGGACGUCCUUUGAAUCUGUCUUGGUAAGAAGGGACGCGCCCAUCUCCGAAUUGCUACACGCUACCUCAGCAAGUAGUGGCGUCCCGUGGAACAAAUUGAUCUUGGCAGAUGUCUGGCAGAACAAGGUCCACCGCUUCUUCUGCGCGACGGACCCCGUCGACGAGGUGACGCAACAAGACGACGUCGUCGCGUACGAAGUGAGCGACCCGCAGGCGUACUACCCGUGGACGGCGCGGCAACCUUUAUGGAGGAGACAACUAUGCGUCCCUUAUGACGAUAGGGUGCAGGGUUACCACAACAGGGAAGAUGCAAGAAAAGAAUCUCCAUUGCUAGCUACUGCGGUAUUUAACGUCGGGGGGACGUACUACGGCGAGUACAAUUGCUCGAAGGAGGCUCGAGCUUGCAGAUUUGAAGUUACUGGUGUUAGUCUACUACCACCAACACAGCAGGAAGAGCCCGUCCAGGAGGAGAAGCACCAUACUGACAGUGAAGACGAGGACGAGAAGCGGCCCGAACCUCCUCCGAAAAGUACCCUACCGAACGCGGACGUGAAGAUCAUCUUCGACUUUAUUACCGGAAACGGCCAGCAAGGCGCUUAUUCGUGUGAAGGGACCUACGAUAGUACAACAAGAGAAGCUCGCGUGUCGCCUAUCCGGUGGAUCCAGCGGCCGGACCGGAACGCCGUGACCAUGGUGCCCAUGACGUUGCGGGUGUGUGGCGGGGAUGACGGUACGCCCACGCGCUUGGUGGGCUGUGUGGACCAGUGCGGGACGGUCGUGGCCUGGGCGGCUGGGAAUCGAGAGGACCCCUUGGAGCCUUCUCCUUGGAACCAGCAGCUGCCUCCGGAGGAGGAGGAUGACUCAGAUGCGGAUCCGCCGCGAAGAGAAACGGCUCGACCCGCAGCUUCCAUAGGCAUCGUGCUCUACCACAAGCUGUCGGACGAGCCUGACGACGGCUAUCAUAGACAUCGGCACCCUUUACGAGGCACGCCGACCCUAGUAACGAUGCCUCGAUCUUUCCGGGACGGCAACCCGGGACCGAAUGAGCGCCAGACCUACAAAUUGCUCUACACGAUGCUGACGCGGGAAGAAUACCACGCCGAGGCGCACCAGGAGCCGCCGCGCUACAACUACGGGCGGCAGCCCUAUGCGCAGAGAUCUUCUCAUUUUCAACCAGCGACGUACCAAAUCCCGGCGCGUCGCCAGGACGUGGCUCCCUGGCAGCAGCGCGGCCAACCGCGGCCCGUCCAAAGAUCUAGGAGGAGAAGGAUCGCCAACGAGACGGACGACGACGAGGAGUCGCAACGAUCCGAUGCGGCCGACGUCGACGAUAGUCUCGACGGGUCGAACGGCUACGACCCGAACACGAGUUACUACGUGAACCGGUCCCCGACGCCCGCGCGAGAGUCGUGGGGCCAGGACGCCCCCGAGUGGAGCCCGCAGCAGGACACGCAGACCUACGGGAGUCGGACCCAGUCCUACCGCUCGGACUAUAGAGAUAAUGAUUAUGAUGACGAACGGGAACGGAGCUGGGACGACGGCCGGUAUGGGGAGUUCGACUCGGGGUUGAAGGGGGGCACGGUCUCGGCGUUUUGAGGUGUUGCGGUGCCUUCACUUUGUUGCUGGGACUCGUUUCCUAGAAUCAUGGCGGUGGGUGGUUUCUUUUUCGAUUUUGAGCCCCGCGCAGGCACGGCCGACUACUACGCGGACGACUCGCCGGAGCGGAACAGAAGGCAGAAGAAGCGCGCGGGGUUGAACACGGCCGGCGUAUCUAAUUCGUACGAUGAUGAAGUAGCGGGUCUUACCAAAAGGUAUCGCUACGGGAACGACGACGACGCCGACGACGACGCCUCGUCCUCCAGAUCGCCGAGCCCGCAACGUAAUUCUUCCUCAAGACACUGGCAGCGGGACAAUUAUUACGACCAGCCGCCGCCGCGCGCCCCGGUGUUGUUUUUCCGCACGGACAAGGACGGGCGGUACCUGUCCGACGACCGCAUGCGGUGCCUGACGAAUACGCAGAUCGACGACGAGUCGUCGGAAGAGGAGGAGGAUGAUUUGCAGGACAACUUGAAUUACUACUCGGGGUGGCCGUCGCGCCGGAGGCGGUGGGGCGACCUCCCGCUGCUCUAUUCGAACGAUAGGAACAACCCCUGCCAGCCCUCCGUCGAGUAUCUCAGAUGUGAAUGGAGAGACGCUAGAUCAUGUGAUUAUAUCGCGGGCAACCCCGACGGGAGUCGCGAUCGCGUCGAGGCGUUGGCCAAGGACGCGGCGCGGCCGUCGGAGCCGUCCGAGACGCCGUUAACUGUCGACAAAUUACUGAAGUUGUUCGCGUCGAAGGAGCGGUUAGAUACGGCCGACGCGUGGAAGUGCCCGGGGUGCGAGAAGCGCGUGAGAGCGGUCAAACGGUUGCGACUGGCGGCGCCGAACCCGCCCGUGCUCGUGUUGCACUUGAAGCGGUUUGAGAUGCUGGGGUACCACUCGGCGAAACUCGAAACGCCCGUGGCCGUACCUAGCAAUAUCCCGAUAGACAUUGGGAAGUAUGUUGGAGCGGCUGAGAAUGAGAGUGAUGAACUGCCGUCGACGAGGUACUACUUAUGUGCCGUCGUGAACCACUUCGGGACCAUCGAAUUUGGGCAUUAUACCGCGUACGCGCGUUCUAGGGAUGAUGGGUGCUGGCGGUUGUUUAACGAUGCCACCGUUGGUGUCAGGGACGACGACGAGGUGUCCCAGGCGUCGCGGGCGCCGUAUUUGCUGUUCUUAUUACGUGAGGACGUGGCCCCGGCGGAAUGGGUCCGCCAGGGCAAGUUAAGGGAGGCGGCGGCCGCCGAAGCCAACGCGGAGACGGACUCCUACAACACUCCCGUGCCGGCGCCGCAAAUCCCCUCGAUCUGAGACGCUCUCGUGUAAGGAGGGGGACUGUG